AUCAUAUCCAUUUUCAAACGUUACAAUUUAUUUAUCUCCUCUGUAAUAGAGAAACCACUUUAAAACUUUUUCUGGGAAGGAGAAAUAAAAAAGAGAUAAGAAAUUCUGUUUUUUUUUAUUACAUUUUUGCAGUUUGCCUUGGCUUUCACGAAGUCUGUCUCUUUCUCUGGCCGCAAAAUUCAUCAUCAAAGAGCAAAAAAAAAAAGUUGCCUUUUUUCUACUAAUCUUUUCUAGAAAUUUAUAAAGCAAAACCGAAGAGAUAUAAGCCGAGGAGGAGAAAAGCAGGCGUUGUUUGUUGUUUUGUUCAUCUCUGUUUCCAAGAACCAAACUUUGGAUUCUCUGUUCUUCUUCUUCUUUUUGUAAUAAUUUCUUUAUCGAGAGAGAAGGGGGUUAACUAAGAGAUGUAUUAUCAGUUGACAAAGUCUUCUUACAUGGACUCUUUGAAGAUUCUUGAGGCUGACAUCGAGCACGCCAAUGGACUGGCUGCUGAGAUUCCCAUGGGAAAGAGCGGUGUCCGACUUCAGAUGAAACUGGUCUGCAGCAAUUUGGCUCCUUUCUUCAUAUUCCUUCUUCAAUGGAUGGACUUCUCAUGUCUGCUUCCAAGAUAUUUUGAUUUCUUCCACAUACUCAUUUACAAGGUACGUUCUGAUGGGCGUUGGAAUCUAUCCAGGUACGGAAGGAAAGCUACAAUCAGAGAGUUUUACGGUGUUAUAUUACCAUCACUCGAGCGUCUUCAUAUCAACUUCUCCGACUUACCAGGCGACAGCGUAUGGUACUCGAAUCCAAAAGCCAUCGCCAAGAAGAAUUACGACGUUGAAGACAACAGAUUCAUCAUGACCAACGUUGACUCGGAAGAAAGAGAAGAGGAAUGCGGGAUCUGCUUAGAGCCGUGCACCAAAAUGGUGUUACCUAACUGCUGUCACGCCAUGUGCAUCAAGUGCUACAGGAACUGGAACACGAAGUCCGAGUCGUGCCCGUUUUGUAGAGGCAGCAUCAAGAGAGUGAACUCGGAGGAUCUGUGGGUGCUGACGUGCGAUGAAGAUGUGGUGGAUCCAGAGACGGUCACGAAAGAGGAUUUGCUGCGGUUCUACCUCCACAUCAAUAGCCUCCCUAAAGAUUAUCCGGAAGCCGUCUUCUUAGGCUACAACGAGUACUUGAUAUGAUGAUUUUAUCAACAUCACACGGGUGGGGUGUACAGAGAGGGAAAGAUCCCGGACCUUUUAACUAAGUGUAUAUAAAGAAUCUGGUGAUCCAUGAUUUAAUCCUUCGUCUUUUAGGUUAUGAUAAGAAUAAGAUGAUUGUCAUGAAAUAUGUGUACCCUUGUUAUGAUAUAUAUAUAAGAGAGACUAUGAUCUCUGUUUACAUA